CAAUCCAAGCAGCCAAGCUGGGGCAGUUUGCAGCGGCAUGGGUGGUGUAUGGAGUGAUGGUAACAGGUAGGGCACUCUGGGGCUGUGCUGGGACUAAUUGGUUACAAAGACACACACAUUUCUUAUGUUUUACUUGCAGAUAUUGAUGACUGUAGUCCAGACACCUGUUUGAACAAUGGAACAUGUAGGGAUGAAAUUAAUGGAUACACAUGUGAUUGUGUUGCCGGGUUCCAAGGAGUAAAUUGCUCGAUGAACUUUGAUGACUGUAGUUCUGAUCCAUGUUUCAACGAUGGAAGCUGCACAGAUGACAUCAACGGCUUCAUCUGCCAUUGCCCUGAAGGAUUUGAGGGAAAUGUCUGCUUAAUAAAUAUUGAUGACUGUUCACCGCAUUCCUGUUUGAACGAUGCGACCUGUGUCGACGGUAUAAAUGACUUCACGUGUGAAUGCGCUGAUGGAUUUGAAGGGCCGGACUGUGCAACAAAUAUUGAUGACUGUAGUCCUAACCCCUGUAUGAACAACGGAACAUGUACAGAUGGUAUCAACGGGUUCACGUGUGAAUGUUUGACAGGAUAUGAACGGGAUAUGUGCACCUCAGAUAUAGAUGAUUGUGAACCCGACCCUUGUCUAAAUGGAGGAACGUGUUCUGAUGGCGUCGAUAGCUACAUUUGCACAUGUACACCAGGGUACACAGAUAGUCGCUGUUCCUCUGAUGUGAAUGAGUGCGAGGACUUAUCGUCCUGCCCGCCUGCCAACCGGCCUUGUAUUAACUCCAUCGGUGGGUUUGCCUGCACCUGCCCGAGUGGUUAUGAGUGGAAUUCAACACAAUGCAUAGACGUGGAUGAAUGUUUAGCUGAUGACGCUCCUUGCCCCGACACGGUGCCUUGUCGGAACACAGAGGGUAGUUUCACGUGUCUGUGCAACCAAGGCUUUGCCUGGGAUGGUGGGAGCUGUUCAGAUGUUGAUGAGUGUUUAGAUGCACCGUGUUCAAAUACCGCAACGUGUGUCAAUCAGCCUGGUGGUUAUAGCUGCGUGUGCCCUGCUGGAUAUCUCUGGAAUGGAACAUCUUGUGACGAUAUUGACGAGUGUGAACAGGAGAGCUCGGUCUGUCCAUCCACGUCGCCUUGUAAGAAUACAAUAGGGAGCUAUACUUGUAUCUGCUCUGAAGGCUAUGGAUGGAAUGGGACUCGGUGUACAGAUGUAGAUGAGUGCCAGAGUUCUGAGCCUGUGUGCCCAUCAUUGGCUUCUUGUACCAACACUCACGGCUCGUUCCGAUGCCAUUGUCAGGAUGGAUACACACUCACCAGACAGCCGGGAUCCAGUUUAUUCUUCUGCUUGGAUAUUGAUGAGUGUCAGGAUGAAGCGUUGUAUGAUUGCCAUAGCAACGCUGCAUGCAUCAAUGAGCCUGGUGCCUACCGUUGCAUGUGCUCAGAGACACAAGGUUACCGCGGCGAUGGGACAGUCUGCACUCCAUUUGAUCUUUGUGAGAGCGGACCUUGCUUGAAUCAAGGCCAGUGCACCUCAUCUGUAGGAAGUGGCAGCUAUGAGUGUGUGUGUACAGAUGACUUCACAGGAGUCAACUGUGGCAUCAGAGUGGUACCUCAAGGUCCAAUCUCUGUCCUGAAGCACCCUGAACCUAGCCUCAUCACAGCAUCGCUGUACGACACAGUCACGUUAGAGUGUCAGUUUGAGAAUGCCAACAGGUUUGCUUGGUACAGAAACGGAGCGGUGCUGCCCGGUACAAGAGACGUGUCAUUUCUUACGAUCGCUGGAGUCACUUUGACUGACCGAGGGUACUACUGGUGUGAGGGGAGUGGCUUGCAGGGAGUUACACUACAGACAAAUGCUUCCUUGCUGCUGAUUGAUGGUGUGUUUGCCUUCACCACCGGGGCCAGGUUUCCAACAUUGACGUUUGUCGAUGAGUUGAGAAAUAAAAGCUCUCCAAUCUUUAAACAAAUAUCGGCUGAAAUAAUAACCUUUCUCUCGGAGGGUUUACAAUCUGAGGGGGUUCAGGCAAACAUUACUGUCAAAGAGCUGAACAGUGGAAGUGUACUGGCAACGACUGAAAUCCUAACCAAUGCCGGAGGGACAAACAGUGAUGACUCCGAGUUAUUGAGCAUUGUCCAGGAUGCCCUGGUUGGCAAAGCAACCGCCUCAGAUGGAUACAUGGAUCCAUCUUCUAUCACACUUGAGAGCAGCGGGAGUUGUGUUGAAACUAGGUGGCCAACCAUCUAUGACACCAUUACUCUCCCAGCUGUUCCCCUCGGUGAGGACACAGUAUCCAACUCGGAUCAUGUGUGCCCUGAUUAUACCAUCAAUAGUGGUCAGCCCAUAGCCUAUGCUGUUUGUGUUGGAGAUGGCUUCUCUCCGGCACAGUGGCUGGUUGAGUUGCAGUGCGGCCGAAACUUGACAGUUGAUGAAAAGCUGGCUCUCUUGAACAGGGUGGAAGUUAACGAUGAGAAUGUGAUGGUGGUGGCGUUGCAAGUUAUGGCCCUGACUGAAGAUGUUGAGAUGCUGAGCGAUGCAGGGGUCGCAUCAAUCGCCGACAUCAUGACGAAAAUUGCUGACGUGAACUCAUCUACUUCACAGGUAACCACGACCGUGGUAGAUACUGUCGGCAACCUGAUGUUUAUCAGCGAUGAAGUCUUGCGAGAAGCCGAAGUCCGAGAGCACGCUCCAAGCAGAAUUGUCAGAGUAUUAGAGCAACAACUUGGCAAGGUCUCGCUGGCAGGAAAUGUGUCGUUUCGGGAAGUCCACCCUAACAUUGCAGUGGAGGUCCGCGGAGUGACCGAAUCCACCCUCUUGAAUGGGUUGGGGUUUGCGUCUGCUAAUUCCUCGUCAUCGGGGUUAUUUGGAGAGUCCAGCCUGAUGGUGAUGGAAGGAGGAGACCAGCUGUUCCAAGGAGCUUUAGAGAGUGAGAUGCCUAGUGCCGUACUUAUGCUGCCUCCGGAAGUCAGCAUCCUUGCAAGACGAGAUGAAGUCGGCGGUGGCAUCCGUGUGAGUUUCUUCGUCUUCAGAAAACUGAAUCUCUUCCAGUCGCCGUUGCUGGCAGACUUUAACAAGGUAGAGGACCGAUUCAACCGGACCAUCAACACGCGUGUCAUGUCAGCCACCGUGGGUAGCCAACCAAUCACAAACCUGAAUGAGCCGGUUACGAUACUCCUCAGCAGAAUUGAUAAUGAUUCCUAUGUGGACAACACGAGUUGUGUGUUUUGGGAAUUUGACAAUGCAAGCUGGUCAAGCGAAGGCUGUCGUUUACGUGAAGAGUAUAUCACUGAUCAGUACAUUGCUUGUCAGUGUGAUCAUCUGACCAACUUUGCAGCUCUAAUGGACAUCUAUCCAGAGUCACCUUUGACCGAGACUCAGGAGUUCAUCCUCAAGUUGCUGAGUCUGGUUGGAUGCGGGAUGUCUAUCCUAGGACUGGCCGUUACCAUGGUUACCUACCUCAGUCACAAGAAACUUCGCAAGAACCGUCCAAACCGCAUCCUGCUGAGUCUGUGCGCCUCUUUGCUGUGUUUGUACAUCACCUUUGUGGUUGCCACGGCUCUGGAUUCAGAGCGAGGCGUUGCCGAGUUGGAUGUGUUGCCGUGCUGUGUCCUGGCCGGCUUCCUGCAUUACUUCACGCUGACGUCGCUCUGUUGGAUGGGCGUGGAGGGCCUCAACAUGUAUCUGCUGUUUGUUAGAGUGGUCAAUGUGUACGUGCCGAAAUUCAUGCUGAAAGCAUCACUGGCUGCUUGGGGAAUACCUGCAUUGAUUGUUGCAAUAACUGCUGGGGCUACCAGGGAGGAUUACGUUGGAACAGACUUUUGUUUCUUGAAGCAGAUUCCACUGAUAGCUGGUCUCCUAGCCCCGAUCGGCCUCAUCCUACUCUUCAACAUUGUCGUCUUUAGGCUGGUAAUCCGCCAGUUCAUCAAGACAUCCAACAACGACCUCCGUAGGAACAGGGACGAAAUGUCCAAACGGAAGCUGCACAAGCAGCGUUUGCAGAACGCCAUGACUGUCAUGACCCUGAUGGGGCUAACGUGGUCCAUCGGCUACCUGAAUCUCGUCCAAGCAAUAUCCUUCCCUGUCCAGCUAGUCUUCUGUCUGCUGAAUACACUUCAAGGAUACUUUAUCUUCAUGUUGUAUGGUGUUCGUCGGGCCGAGGUCAGGCAGCAUUGGAGACGCUGCUGCGUCUUCCAAAGAGCCACUUUUUCUUCAGUGCGGACAUCCUCCCAGACCCAGAGCUCUACAAUUAAACCACAGGCACGGACGCCAUUCAAUCCUAACAUGAUCCCCAGACCUCCAUCAGAGAUCUAUCGCCAUCGACCUGAUUCGAUGAUGCCCUCAAUGUAACAUUUAGAGUUUAAUUUGACCCAGGUUAUGGUUAAGAUUCCUUUCGCAUGUUCAGUGGCAACGCCAGACUCUAAUUUGUAUC